GUGUGAUUUAUUCGGUUUAUCCUUGGUUCAAGCUGAUCAUCCUCAACAUAUCAACCUUGUAAUUAAAUGGAGGAUGAUAUAGUAGUACCCUUAAACGUUCAUUGAUCCUUCAAUUCAUCUUUGAGAUCAAUAAUGCCUGUGCCAGAUCCACAGGCGGGGAGGGCAUUCAUCUGUCUCAUUACCUUGUUUCUUUUCUUGUCCAUUGCUGUCGGAGGCGGUUGUCUAAUUGCAUACACAAUCCUCCCAUACCCACCAAUAUGGCUCUCUUACCUUGGCAUUUUCUUUGUUUGUCUCCCUUGGUUCUUUUGGAUUCUAACCUUUGUAUACCGCAUCAUUUCACGCACUUUUGGAUUUAGGAUGGUCAUUGGAUCCGGUGGUAAUGAUAACACCGCGAGCAGAGAGACCAUGCCAUCAGAUCUUGACCCUCCCGAAAAAUCGUUAGAGCCUCUUGAUAAUGAUGAUCCAGAGGAUAUAGCUCAUCCACAAGGACAAGUUCUAGUGUCUAUGGAAGGGAACCAGUCCAAGAAACGAAUGUCAACCUCAAGUGUUGGUUCACAUGAAAGCGAGAUGCCAUUAGCCAUUUCUAUGGCCUCGUGAUCAUAAAUGUUUUGAUACAAAAUGUGAUAUUGCCAUAGACAAUAUGAAGGAGAUACUAACCAGAUUCGUAGCCUCUUGAAGAUAUGGGAAUUUUUGCUGUUUUUAGAUUUAUAGGGUAGAUAAACAAUUGGUAUUUAUGAAUUUAUGUAAUUAUUGUAUAU